AUGCAGCUUACGUGGAAGCAAAUCCUCCUCAUUGCUGGAGGGACUGCGGCAGCAGGAGCGUGCCUUUACUAUCUCCUUCGGGAAGAUGGAUCCGAGGCAAAGGAGGCAGAUGGCGAGCCGAAGAAGAUCACCGGCGAGGCCACGAAGGAGCAGGUGAUUACUAUCCUUCGGGGCAUUCUUAAGAGCCAGGAGAAAACCAAGGCUCUCAUGAAGGAGUUCAUUAAAGACAUCCUCAACGAAGACCUCGCCUUUGAGCAGGCCUACGAGCGCGUCCUUCAGAAGCACCCAGAUGAUCCGCUGGAGCAGUACGGGCUGACGAUGCCCGACUUUGACAAUUUGCUGGACAAAUAUCAGCAUGAUCCCCAGAUCAAGGACCUCAUUGUUCGCAUCAUGAGCUCGUCUGCUCCCUCAGAGCCGAACCCCCGGGGUCAGACGAUCGACAAGGCGAAGGUGAUUCAGGUGCACGAGUACAUGAAGCAGGAGCUGCAGAAGUUGGUUGACUACAUUCAGAAGAGUCCCAGCCGUUCCGAGUUGGAUGUGAAGAAUGUGACUUUGACGGCCCAGGCGUUUGUGGGGGCGAAGGUGCAGAAGAAGUUCGGUCUGACGUCCGAGGACGUAGAGUCCGCAGUAAUUUACAACCACAAGGAGCUGGCGGUGGACCCCGAUUUUGUGCGCGUGAACAUUGCGAUUCAAACCAUCAUGAACCAGUUGAUUGUUCCCCAGUUCGCCAUGUAG